AUGUCGAAUUUGGAAGAGUACCUGGAAAAGGUUGACUUACUCAAGUUGUGGUGGCACGGGCGGGUAUUGAAUUUUUUAUUUCUGAUACCUGUUUUCCUAAACGCUUUUCCUUCUUUCCCACUGAUAUCUCUCCAGGCUCAGUUUGAACUUCAGGCCUUUCACAUGCGGGGUGAGCAUGCAGUAAUAACAGCGAGACUAGAAGAAACCAUCGAAAAUCUCAAGCACGAGAUAGAGCACCGAUGGCGGGGAGGCUGUGAAGAGAUGCGAGAUGUGUGCAUCUCCACCGAUGACAACUGCCCUCCAAAGACCUACAGAAACGUGUGCAUCCAGACAGACAGAGAGACUUUCCUCAAACCCUGCGAAGGUGAAGGCAAGACAACCAGAAGCAACCAAAUAAUACCCAAAAAGCUGAAUAUCUCCUCUUUAAGCCAACUCUCUCCCCCAAAUGACAACAAAGACAUCCAUGCACCGCCUCCGUCUGUGGAAGGCAUGUCACCUGGCCAGGAGAAGCCGUCUCCUCUCCCCCCAGCGCCACCCCUCCCAGCAGCCAUCCCUCCCCCUCCGCCCCUCCCACCUGGACUUGGACCUCUGUCACCAGCACCUCCGCCGCCACCUGUGAGCUCUGGGCCACCACCACCUCCGCCACCUCCUCUGCCUCCAAGUGCUGGACCUCCCCCCCCACCUGCUCUGCCCAGCGGUGGGGGGCCUCCUCCUGCUCCAGCACCCCCAGGACUUGUGCCCCCACCUCCUCCUGGCCUCUUCUUCGGAGUCGGCCCUUCUUCUAGCCAAUGUCCUCGAAAGCCAGCCAUUGAGCCCAGUUGUCCCAUGAAGCCUCUGUACUGGACUAGAAUACAAAUAAGUGAUAAGAGCCAAAGUGCUACACCAACUUUAUGGGAUUCCUUAGAAGAACCUCAUAUUCGGGACACUAGUGAAUUUGAGUAUUUAUUUUCCAAAGACACAACUCAGCAGAAGAAAAAACCACUGUCAGAGACCUAUGAGAAAAAAAACAAGGUCAAAAAGAUCAUCAAGUUAUUGGAUGGAAAACGAUCUCAAACUGUGGGAAUCUUGAUAUCUAGUCUGCAUUUGGAAAUGAAGGAUAUCCAGCAGGCCAUUUUCAACGUGGAUGACUCUGUGGUUGAUCUGGAGACCCUGGCGGCCUUAUAUGAAAAUAGAGCCCAAGAAGAUGAAUUGGUUAAAAUAAGAAAGUAUUAUGAGACAUCCAAAGAAGAAGAAUUGAAGCUGCUGGAUAAACCUGAGCAAUUUUUACACGAGUUAGCCCAGAUCCCUAAUUUUGCUGAACGUGCCCAGUGCAUCAUCUUCAGAUCUGUCUUUUCUGAAGGCAUCACCUCCUUGCAUCGAAAGGUAGAGAUCAUCACACGAGCUUCUAAGGGCUUACUGCACAUGAAGAGUGUGAAGGAUAUUUUAGCUCUCAUUCUGGCUUUUGGGAAUUACAUGAAUGGAGGAAAUAGGACUCGGGGACAAGCAGAUGGAUACAGCUUAGAAAUUCUGCCCAAACUCAAGGACGUCAAAAGUCGGGAUAAUGGGAUUAAUCUGGUGGACUAUGUUGUGAAAUACUACCUGCGUUACUACGAUCAGGAAGCAGGAACAGAAAAGAGCGUUUUCCCCCUGCCUGAACCGCAAGAUUUCUUUCUGGCUUCCCAAGUCAAGUUUGAAGACCUCAUCAAAGACUUGAGAAAACUGAAGAGGCAACUGGAAGCAAGUGAGAAACAGAUGGCGGUGGUGUGCAAGGAGUCGCCAAAGGAGUACCUCCAACCUUUCAAGGACAAACUACAAGAGUUCUUCCAGAAAGCCAAAAAAGAGCAUAAAAUGGAAGAAAGUCACUUGGAGAAUGCACAGAAAAGUUUCGAAACGACAGUGGGAUAUUUUGGGAUGAAGCCAAAGUCUGGUGAGAAGGAGAUCACCCCCAACUACGUGUUUAUGGUGUGGUACGAGUUCUGCAGUGACUUCAAGACGAUUUGGAAGCGGGAGAGUAAAAACAUAUCUAAAGAGAGAUUGAAAAUGGCUCAGGAAUCGGUCAGCAAGUUGACGUCAGAGAAGAAAGUGGAGACAAAGAAAAUCAACCCCACGGCCAGUCUGAAAGAAAGACUGCGUCAGAAGGAAGCCAGUGUGACCACCAACUGAAAAAGAGACACGGGAAAACGACAGCAAGACUGAGUACCUUGCUUAUCCUUUGCAACACCAGCCUGCAGGGAGUUCUUGAAAGAUAUGUGACUAAACGUUUCUUUUGCUCAUGGCUUUGUGAGGUAUCUGCAGUGAGAACCGCGCCGUCUCUAAGAAGUCCCUGCUUAAGCCACAGAAACAAGGCAAAGCUGUCUAAGGGAACACUGCAGGAGUGUUUGACGAUUGUUUCUGUAGAGGUCCAGAGUCCACUUUGUUAUAAGACCAGAAGAAAUCCUAAGAUUUUCCAAAUUUUUUUAAAAGCAGAUAUUUCAAGCUUUCUAACCACUCUUGACAUACGUAAAUUUGUGACGGAAGAAGAGAAGGAUGGUUAUGACUGUUGCCUUGAGAGAGUUCAAGCCUUUACACACUGCUGGUGUGAUUAUUGAUCGUAAUUUUGAUCCCACUGCAUCAAGAUCCUGAAGUGUCUUUCUCACCAACAGUGUUGAAAUUUACCAAAACUAUUUUUAAAGAGGUCCAAGAAUAUGUAUUUCCCAGAGAGAAAUGGUUAUUUUGUCAUCGUUGUUGUUCCUGUUAUGGAAAGGAGAGAAAAUAGGAUUGUACAUGGGUGGAGAAGGGGUUAAAUAACCAUAAACUUCAUAAACCUGAAGAACAAAUUAUGAUACAGGGAGUUGACAUCAGCCAUUAACCCAAGACGGUUUCCUUUGUUUUCAUAUCAAUUAAUUGUGGUUUCCUGGACCAGCAGGGUUUCUCUACCCCAAAUUCCUGAAAAACAGUGAUAGCUGAGCAGGGAGACACUUGGGGUCAAAGCACCUGCUUGGACAAGUGACACAAUAGCAGAGCACAUUUCAUGUCUCAGAACA